GAAACGUUUUCAAGAGUUCCGCCGCCGUCGUCGGCCCUACCUAGACGGAGGCGAGGGUUGGGAUGCGGAAGCGACUAGAACAUGCACGAAUGAAGGGAUGCACGGAUGCUGUGGUCAGCAACAACUCUACCACGCUGAUACGAGGAAGCAGCACCCCCGUACCUCGACUUGGCCUUGAUGCAACUGCUGCGACCACCGCGAUCAACCAAUCCGACGCUGUUGUCAACGAAGACGAUGCUGAGGAGGAUGUAGAAUCUACAGAAGGCGAUCAUGAAGAUGCAUGUGAGGAUGCCGAGGAUGCUGUAGAGGACGAGGAGGAGGACGACGACGAGUCGACCCCCGAGAGCCCGUCGGCCGCGUCGGUAAGCAUGAAAGUAAUGCACAGCCGAUAUCCCAAUCGGCCGGCCGUCGUGUGCUUCGACUACCCCUUGGAUCUACAUGUCACUCGAACGUACGGCGCCGGGAUCGUCGUGGAAGACGUCGACGCGACGACGGCGGCCCCUGUGUUGUUCAAGAGUUAUUGGGAGCGCAAUUGUAUCAAAAACGCCUUCUUCCGCGCUGGCCUCGUGCGUGUCCACGCGGGCAAAAAGUGGACCGCCGCGUGGGUCAAGCACAUGCCGAGGAGCAAAUUCAAGCUGCUGCAGCCCCACCAACGGAUCAACCACUUUCCUGAUCCGUGGGUGAUUGGGCGCAAGGAUCGCCUCAUGAAGGCGCUGGUCGCCAUGAAGCGAAAGUUUGGAGCCGACUACAGCUUCAUUCCCGACGGGUACGUCCUGCCAUCCCAGCGCGAUAUGUUUCUCCGGUGUUUGGACCGCGACGCCAUGUCAGCAACGUCGUCGUUCUCGCAGUCGCUUUGGAUUGUCAAACCGCCGGCGUCCGCAUGUGGCCGCGGGAUUAAGGUCAUCCACGCCUCCCAGGUGGACACUCUGAAAAAAGCCAAGAAACUCGUCGUCCAGCGCUACGUGUCGUCGCCGUACCUGAUCAACGGGUUCAAGUUUGACCUUCGCAUUUACGUCCUGGUCACAAGCUUUGAUCCGCUGCGCAUCUACUUGUUCCAAGAAGGUCUCGCGCGGUUCUGUACAGUCAAGUACGCCAUGGCCACCCCAGCGCAGCUCAAGAACCGACUCGCGCACUUGACCAACUUCAGCGUCAACAAAGCCAGCACCACGUUCAAAGCGUCUGCCUCCGAAACGGACACGGACGGCAGCAAGUGGAGUUGGACAGCCCUCAUGGCAUAUUUGGAGGAUCAAGGCCAUGACGUGGACGUCCUCCGAUCGAAAAUGAAAGCCAUCAUCUGCAAAACUCUCAUCGCUGCCGAAGCGCACAUCACGCCGCUCACGCAAACGUUUGUCAAGCACCGGAAUGUGUGCUACGAACUGUUUGGGUUUGACCUGAUGGUCGACUCGGCACUGGAGCCGUGGCUGAUUGAAGUGAACGUGUCGCCGUCGCUCAUGGGAUCGUCGCCGCUGGAUAAGCGUAUCAAGGGCUUGCUCAUGAGUGACAUCUUUCACCUCGUGGGGCAUCCAGCGCCGACCUCCUCGUCAUCGCCUCCCCACGCGGACCUUCCGCCGCUCAUUCGCUCCUCCAAAUCCGCAGCCGCCCUCUCCGCCGGUACCAGCCCGACCCCCAACAAACCCCCCAAGUCGAUGCAGUCCCCCCUUGUGGCCCGCAAACAACUGCUUGAAGUUCUCCAUGACCCGAACAUCCGGUCGUUAACUUUACAGCACAUUGCGCUCUUCCGAGAAGACGACUGGGAUAUUGUCCUGUCCAUGGAAGACGAAGCCGAUCGCGUCGGGCAUUUUGAACGAAUCUACCCCGCCGCAGACGCUGCCACGUAUGCGCCGUACUUUUCCGUGUCUCGGUAUGCUAACCGACUUUGCGAGAAGUGGAGGGCCAUGCAGCCCCCGUAUAAACCCCAUUCCUUAUCAAACACAACAACCACGUCCCCCGUUCCCCCGUCCUCCGUCACGCGACCCCCCGCCCUUCUCCGGCGACACUCCACCCAACAACAACAACUAAAGCCAGUGAAAACGUUGUCGUAGUAUAACAUGUCUGUGGAACCUGUAAUGCCGAGUGUGGGGGUGCAAUAUAUAUGGAUGCGUGUUGGAGCCACAUGAUUAGCACCUAAAAUGCCUUAUAUACAUUGCACAACACAAGAGUUGCAUCGAAAUGUGGUG